UCUUUGAUUCUUGAUUCAUUGAUUCAUUUGAGACUACUUACUCUAUCUCUAGCUACUAGAUUACAAUUGUCCAAGAGGGUUCGUGGUACUUUUAUGAUGAACUUGGUAUUCAUAGCUUUGUAUGCUUUCAUGGCUAUUUCAAAUUCUCAAGCCGAAGGAACAAACACGAGUACUUCAGCGAUUCUCAUAACAGUUGACCAAUCGGGCAAAGGUGAUUACAAGAAAAUACAAGAAGCCAUUGAUUCAGUGGCGUCCAACAACGCAGAGCUCGUGUUUAUUAGGGUUAAGCCCGGAGUAUAUGAAGAAAAAGUUAUGGUUCCGGCGGACAAGCCGUUUAUAACAAUAAGUGGCACAAAGGCAGCUGACACGGUUAUAACAUGGAACGAUAGUGGGGGCAUAUUCGAGUCUCCAACUUUCUCUGUCCUGGCCUCUGAUUUCAUAGGGCGUUACCUCACAAUUCAGGUAUAUAUGUUCAUAUUCAUUCUCUCAUUUUAUCAAAAAACUUACGUUCGGUUCUGUUUUUUAUUCAUCGUCAUUCAACAGAAUACAUAUGGAGCUGGUGUGAAAGCGGUGGCAUUACGGGUGUCUGGAGAUAGAGCAGCAUUCUAUGGGUGCAGAAUUUUGUCUCAUCAAGACACCCUCCUUGAUGAUACUGGGAGGCACUACUACAACAACUGUUACAUUGAAGGAGAUGUAGACUUCAUAUGUGGAAAUGCUGCUUCUUUCUUUGAGAAGUGCCAUUUGCAUUCUCUUUCGGUAGGAACCGGGGCCAUAACGGCCCAACGGAGAAUGUCCCCGGCUGAGGACACUGGGUUCAUGUUCUUCGGGUGCAAGAUCACCGGUGUCAAAACAGCAGUGUUGGGAAGGCCUUGGGGUACAUAUUCAAGAGUGGUCUUUGCCUUCACUUACAUGACUAGCGCCAUACUGCCACAAGGUUGGGACGAUUGGGGAAACUCAGCCGACCAAUUAAGAACCGUAUACUAUGGGCAGUAUAAAUGUUCUGGACGGGGAGCAACUACAUCGAAACGAGUAGAAUGGGCACGCGACCUUACGAGCGAAGAAGUCGAACCCUUCUUGACUAAGGACAUGAUUGAUGCCAAUGCUUGGUUAAGGUCAGCACCAACCAGUUUCAAGAAGAAAGCACUCAGUGCCAAUGACACCAAAAAUUAAGAAUUAAGGAACAUAUACUUUGAUUGACUUUGUUCGUUCUUGUGUGGAUAUGUGUAUGAAGUACUAAUGAAUAAACAAUCUGUAGAGAGAUUAAUUUGGAACUCUCACAUUGUUCACGCUAAAGAGGGAUCAAUUUUAUAUAUGCACGAAUGCAGUUUGUA